AUGAACGAUAACUUCAACAAUUCUCCGGCUAACCAACCGAUAUAUUUCAAUUCAACGUCAGGGACGCGUUCAACGUCAGGGACGCGUUCAACGCCAGGAAACCAACAGAGCGAUACUGGAAAUCACGAAACAGGGGCAUCUAUGAAUAACAAUAAUAAUAAUAAUAACACGCGGUCUUCAACUAGUAACUCUAAUGGACACGAUGGCACAAACCAGGCAAACACCCAUAAUAAUAACAACAACAGCAACAACAACAUCAGCAGCAGCAACAACAACAACAACAACAGCAACAGUAACAGCAACAGCAACAACAACAGCAACAGCAACAGCGAUAUCAACAGCGGCGCCAACAACAACAGCAGUGCCGCCACCACCACCACCACCACCACCACCAACAACAAUAAUAAUAACAACACCACUACUGCUGAUAAUAAUGGCCUUACAAGUAGUACCCCGCGACUAUCACACAAUACCUCAACAAACUCUAUGAAUGAUCCAGUUCCUAACCACAGCGCAUCAAUAAUGGAUCAGCACACAAUUAAUGAUUUGUACCAGUUGAUGGGACAGCUACAACAACAAAAUUCAAUCAAUAAUCAAAUUAUGAUGAAGAUGAACUAUAUGUCAGAAUCACUACAGCAAGUGAAAGAGAAUUUACAAGACUUGAAUCAACAAGUUAUGUUUACUUUGCAAAAUGGCUCAAACAUAGGAUCCCCUGCAAAUGGAGGAGCUUUAGGAGGUAACAAUUUUAACAACCAAUUCAAAACCUUUGAAAUUUUUACAAGGCACUUGAACAAGUUGAACAAGGAGAUGGAGGAAAUAAGUAAUGGUCAUCACCAAAAUCAACAUCAAAAUCAUCAAAGCUCUGGCUCACAUAUCUUGCAUACCCAAGGACAACAGCACGAGCAAUCUCAAGCGCAAGGACAACAACAACAACAACAACAGCAGCAACAACAACACCCAUCUUCACUGCUGCAGCCGCCGCAGCUGGUACUACAAAAUGUCAAUCACCAACUUCAAUCUCAACCGCCUUUACCAGGCUCUUCUAAUAGCAUUCCACAUAGUAGUCAUCAGCACCAUCAUAUCCUGACAAAUCAAAGCCAACCCAAUAGUAACAGCACGUUUGAUGAAGAUGUUGACCUUACACGAAAAAAUCUAGUUUUGAGAUCACCUGCCACAGCGUCGAGUGCCACAUCACCUUAUGUAUUCGAACUUGGAGGCUUUCACACUUCAAGAAGUAGUAACAAUAUAAACGGAAGCAUGUUGUAUGAAAAGUCACCACUAGCGCAGGCGCAAAUGCAACCUCCAGUUCAUUCUUUUGACAGAAAAAGAGGCAAACAUGGAAAGAAUGCAGUGCCAUCGCCAGCCGGUCAAAGUCCAAGAACCCAGUCUCAACAACAGCAGCAACACCAACAACAACAAACUACUUCACAAAGACUACCAAUUAUUUCUCAACAGCAUCAGCAACAACAUCACCAUCAUCAACACCAUCAACAACAACAUCAACAGCAGCAUCAACAGCAGCAGCAUCAACAACAACAACAACAACAACAACAACAACAACAACAACAAGCGUCCCAUGGUCCUCAAUCCUAUUCAAACUCAUACAUGCUUCCCAUGCCACCUUUGCUCACUGAAGACAAGGGAACUUUAAAUGACCCGUCAUCCCAAUUCAUGCUUUCUCGAGAAAAUGGGAAUAUGUUGACUUCGGCUUUGAGACAACAACCUUCACAUACUAGAACAAUACCGCCACCAGCAUCUUCGUCGACUUUUUCGUUUGACGAGAAUGAUAUCGAACGAAGCAUUGACGAAUUGGAGCAACAGGCAGGUUCGAGUUCAAGUUCACACAAUCAAUCGAAUACCUCUACUACUACUCAGAGCAAAACCGAUAAAUAUGGUCAAAAGAAGAGGAAAGUAAGCCAUGAAUUGAAGGGUAACAUGCCUGCACAUCCAAAUGAUGUGCCACAAUACAAACUUGAGAGAAGUCUCAAAGCAUUGAGUGAUAUUUGGAAGGAGUAUGCUUAUGGUGUAAACGAUAAGCCUCCCUUGAAAUUUCUUGAAGCCAAAUAUGGAACAAAGUGGAGAAAUGAAACCGAGUCUAGAACAUUUCUUAGAAGAAAAAAGAUUUACGAGGCGAUUGAAAUUGGAAAGAGUAAAGGUUAUACUGAAGAAGAGGUGAUUCGGGAAUUAGAGGACUAUAGGAGCUACGAUAGAAAUGGGAACAUCAAAAAGAAACCAUUACUGUGGUUAAGUUCUAAUAUGCCUGACAAAUUUAACAACCCUGCAACCGACAGUUAA